UUCUCAUCUUAUUCGUGAUACUUCUCCCUUUAACCACCUCACUCCUUCAGACCUCAUCAACCCUCUUUUUCCCCUCGCAAAGCAUUCCCUCCCAACUGAGAGUUGUUAUCAUACCCAGAUAAUCAUCAACUCUCUACCACAUUCAUUUGGAACAGCGACUUUUAUCUCAACAGCAAUCACAAUCUUCUCUCGUCCUGCAAAAUUCAAUUAACAGAUCAAAUCAAUUCAAAUUCAAUUCAAAAUACUCCAUCACCCUCAACUAUCCUUUACAAUCCUUCCCUCCCUCUCUCCCCAUAGCGACCCUUUUUUACAUCAACACUUAAUUUGUUCAUCUCUCCCCCUUACAAAUUAUUCUCCAUCCCCUAGCAACAGACCUUUCAUUUAGAGUGAAUCGUUCAAAUUAAGUCAGAAAGACCCAUAGCCAAGUCAACCUCACUCGUUUACUCCGUCCAAUUCAGUCGAUAUAUUAAGAGCCUUUGAAUUUCCGAGUCAAGAAAACCUUUCGUCUAUCCAUAUCGCAAGAGUUCACUUCUUCACAAUGAAGUUCACCCCAGUUUCUGUUGCGCUUCUCAGCGUUGCCGGUGUUGCAAUUGCGCAACCACACAACCAUCAACACCGUCACCCAGCGAGAGCAAACAAGGUCGCACGCGAUAACACCAUUGUCUCCGUGACAGAAGUUAUGCCAGGUCCAGUCGAGACGGUCUACAUGCUCAAUGGAAAGGAUAUCUCUUUGGCCGAAGUUCAGGACGGAUUGAAAUCUGGAAAAUAUAUUUUAGUGGGAGAUGCUGUCGAAGAUGCCCCUUCUGCUACUAACUGGUACACUGGUUCCCCAUCUGUCGCGUCCACAUCAGCUGCUCCCUCAACCACUCCAGCAGCUACCUCCACCAGUUCGAUCGUCAAGGCUGCCGCGGAGUUCAUUGAGGUUUCCUCAUCUGCCUCUUCCACCAAGGCUGCAUACACCCCGAAAUCAAGCGCUGCAUCAUCCACUUCAGAAUCAAGCUCUGUCGCCUCUGUCGCCUCUACCAGUGCGGCUGCUGCCUCCUCUUCAGCCAGUAGCGACAGUUCCUCUGAUAGCUCCACUUCCUCCAGCAGCUCCGGCAACUGGCCUGACUUUCCAAGUGGCAAAAUCCCUUGUUCCACUUUCCCAUCCAAUUAUGGCCCAGUUGCUGUCGAUUACCUUGGGUUAGAUGGAUGGAUCGGUAUCCAAAGCACCCCUGGUUACACCACCGCUGCUUCCUCGAUCGUUACUAUUAACACACUUACCAGCGGUGGAUGUGUCAAGGGCGCAUUCUGCUCGUAUGCCUGCCCAGCGGGAUACCAGAAAUCUCAAUGGCCUACCGCACAAGGAAGCACUGGUGAAUCCAUCGGUGGUCUUUACUGCAACUCCAACGGCAUGCUCGAGUUGUCCCGAACUACCACCAAGCAACUCUGCACUGCUGGAUCCGGAUCCGUCAAGGUUGAGAACAAGCUCGACAGCAUUGUGGCUGUUUGCCGUACUGAUUACCCUGGUCUCGAGGCUGAGACCGUUCCAUUGGCAACCUCCCCUGGACAAACCUAUGACUUGACUUGCCCAGAUGCCAGUAACUACUACUCAUGGGAAGGACUUCCAACAUCCGCACAAUACUACAUCAACCCACAAGGAGCUUCCACCUCUGAAGCCUGUGUUUGGGGUACUUCGGGUGGAAACCUUGGUAACUGGGCUCCUGUCAAUGCUGGUGUUGGAAGAGAUGCCUCUGGUACCACUUGGUUGUCAAUCAUCCCCAACACCCCAACCAACACAUACGGUACCUUGAAUUUCACCAUCACUAUCGAAGGUGACGUCUCCGGAAAAUGUUCGUACAAAUCAGGAACAUACUACAACAAUAAUGUUGAGUCCUCAACAGGUUGCAACCGUCUCCAUUCUCUCGGGCGGAACCGCUACAUACGUCUUCUCACCAUAGGCGCUUGAGUUUCUCAAUUUUCCCUUUGCAAAAUUUCCGUUGCACAUAUUGUUGUUUUCUUUCCGCGCGCAUAUCCACAAUUGCGGCUUAUGAUCGUUGUAGUCAUUUUUUUCUUUACUCGCCCUCAAGUCAUUCUAAGUCUCGGAUGUUCGAACCCACGCUCGACUUGCAAUGUUCAAACAAAUUUGCCAAUAAGAUACCCCCUCCAUCCGAUCUCUGAAUGUACUUCGUGUGGUAACUUUUCCUUUGUAAUAAAUGUCGCUAAUGUUUUUACAUUAUUGAAGUGGAAGAUAUCUGGCCGUUGGAAUACCACGUUCCAGAUGGUUGUUAUAAGCAUGGAUGGAUUUCUUGAGGGGGGUUGGGGUUGUUGGUAGAAAAAAAGUUGUGUUCUCAGCAGAUGAAUGCUCAUAUGACGAAUAGGAAAGCCCUCUUUCCUUGAAGCAAUCACCUUGGUUAACUCUUCUAUGUAUCCGUUACUCAUUUUGAAGGAGACGUGCUCCUGGUUCAGAGUGCCCCUUUAUCCCUACGGCCUUUUUAUCAAUUUGCCGCAGGCACUCUUGCAUAUGUUUUCAUACUGGCUACAAAUGUUUGGACGGAGCGCGCAUACGAAACAGAAAUUACCACCAUAUCUCUCUUCCAAGGAGAUGUGGUAGAGAGCUAUAACACUUGUUUCAUGUGGAUGUGAAUGGAAAAUUUGACGGCAGAGGCUGCAGAAUAUGGUACAUGUAUCAAUAUAAAGUAGUCUAGUCGGCACAACACAGACAGGGAAAGGGAGAUCAGUUACACUCUACUUAUUCUACCUUUUCAAGAAAGAUGUUGAGAAAUUUUUGAGAACAGAAAAAUCAAAAAAACAAGUAAAUAGAACAUUCAGAUGAAGUGUGUGGCCUUUUUCGUGUAUACAAAUUAAAAUCUCUUUGGUUUCUUA